AUGGCGAGAGGGACGGUGGCCACGUACCUUCAUGGCAUCUUUCUCUUGGCUCUGUGGAAACCCUCACUGCAAGGAGGUGUAUACGUACCUGCUGGUGGAGCAGGAGGAGGCAUUGGAGCCGGUAUAGGAGCCGGCGUAGGACCUGGAACUGGAUUCGGACCGGGUGGGACUGGAACAGGAUUUGGCCCUGGAGGAGCUGGGACUGGAUUUCAGCCCGGUGGAGGUGCUGGUGCCAGUCUGGGAGGCUUUGGACCAGGAGCAGGGGGCUAUGGAGGUCAAGGGCCAGGAGGAGUCGGACCUGGAGGUGUCGGACCGGGUGCAGUGAGACCGGGAGGAGUCGGACCUGGUGGAGUUGGACCAGGAGGAGUUGGACCUGGAGGAAUCGGACCUGGUGGAGUUGGCCCAGGAGGAGUCGGACCUGGUGGAGUUGGCCCAGGAGGAGUUGGACCUGGUGGAGUCGGACCUGGUGGAGUUGGACCAGGAGGCUUCAGGCCCAGCACCUUUGGCCCAGGCAGUGGUGGACUCGGAGUUGUACCUGGAGGUGUUGGAGCCGGUGGAAAGCCUCCAAAAACAGGAGGUGGCUACGGUGGUCAUGGAGGAGUGACUGGAGGGUUUGGACCAGGACAAGGAGCUGGAGGAGUAGGAGGAGGAUUGGGACCUGGUGGAGUCGGAUCAGGUGGUUUUGGACCAGGUGGCGUCGGUCCUGGAGGCUAUGGAACUGGUCCUGGAGGAGCUGGUCCUGGUGGUUUUGGACCAGGUGGCCAAGGCACAGGCCUUGGGGCAGGCGGUUUGGGUGGAGGAGUGCUUGGAGCAGGAGGCCUCGGGACUGGCAGAGGUCAGGGAGCUGGAACAGGCUACGGACCUGGAGGUGGCUAUGGAGGCUACGGAGGUGGUUUUGGACCAGGUGCUGGUCAGUACCCAGGAGCUGGUGGAACUGGUCCCAAACCUCCUAAAACAGGUAUUUAA